AGUAUUUUUCCUAUUUUCAUUAUUUCAUUUUUCCCCCCAAAAGGCGCGCAUUUAUUUUCCCGAUCUCAGGCGAGCUUCGCGACCGGAGACACGGCGGCGCCGCCCAGAAAGCUCAGCUAUGCGAUUUUGGCGUCCAAAUCGUUCCCUCUCAUUCGUCGGUAAAAAGCUGCGUGAACCACUCUUACUCUUUCGCUUUCCGAAUCUCUCAUCUUCGCAGCGAAUUUCGUCGCCAAUUUUGUUCAGUUCAUCCGAAUCUCACCAUUUCUCCACACUGUUAACUGCCGAAGACGAGAAGUAUGGCUUCCGUCGGCCGGAGAUGUAUCGGAGCAACCUUGCUGGAACAGUUGCUGCUUACGAGCGCCAUGUGUUCCUCUGUUACCGAAGUCCUGAGGUCUGGCCCUCCCGCGUUGAAGACUCGAACGCUGAUCUGCUACCUAAUCUCCUUUCCGCGACCAUUAAAGCUCGUAAAAAUCGUACUGCUAUCAAGACGAAGCUGACGAUAUGCGAGGCAGGGGAGGGAACUGAGUAUUCAGAUGGAGAUGUAUUGAUUUUUCCGGAAAUGGUCAAAUACAGGGGUUUGAAAGAUAAAGAUGUGGAGAGCUUUGUUGAGGAGGUGCUUUUGAAUGGUAAACUGCGAGCCUCUGGAGUAGAUGAUGUUUUGGCUGGCUCUUAUAUUUUUGUAUGUGCACAUCGUAGUCGAGAUCAGAGAUGUGGCGUCUGUGGAUCAGUUCUCGUUUCAAAACUCAAAGAGGAGAUUGAACUGAGAGGACUGAAGGGUCAGAUUUUUGUUAAUCCAUGUUCACAUAUUGGUGGACACAAGUACGCUGGGAACUUGAUUAUAUAUUGUCCAGAUCCAGAUGGGAGAAUCGUGGGCCACUGGUAUGGCUAUGUUACUCCCGAUGAUGUGCCUGAAUUGCUUGACAAACAUAUUGGAAAAGGAGAGAUUAUAGGAAGGCUUUGGAGGGGUCGAAUGGGGAGGACCUAUGAUGAGGAAGGUAAAAAAGCAGUCGAAGAUAAACUCCCUAGUGCCGAAGUCUGCAAGGGAACGGGAAACAAGCCUUGGGAGAAUGACAACCGGGGAAACAAUUAGAAAAUAAGCUGCAAGGAAAUGGGCAGGGCACACACUCCUGCUGGAUCACAACUUUUGAUCAGAGUGGUAUUCUUGCUUCUCCUGUAGUUGUUGGAGCUCUGCCAACAUUUCUGUGGCCUACAACUCCUAGCAGAGGUCUAGCUAAAAUAGUCUUAGAUUAUGUUUAUAUUUGCUUGUGCUGAGUCUUUUCUUUAGGGGACGGGGGAUUUGAACUUCGAACCUUUUAGGAGGUGGGUAAUAAUUUGACCAAUGAAGCUAUGCUCCUGAUGUUCGGUAAGAAUGCUUAUUGGUAAUUGUAAUAUUUUUCUUUAACGAGGAUUAGGAGAUUAUGAAUUGCCAAAACAUAGCAAAUAAAUGGAAUUCUUUUUUUUCU